AUGUACGUGAUUCCAUUCUCGAUGGGACCAGUUGGUGGACCGUUGUCGAAAAUCGGAAUUGAGAUAACCGACUCGAGCUAUGUGGUGUUGUCAAUGCGAAUCAUGACUCGUGUCUCGCCGCACAUAUGGGAUGUGCUCGGUGAUGGCGAUUUUGUGCGAUGUAUUCAUUCGGUUGGUUUGCCAAGACCUGUUAAAAGUAAGAAACCUUAA